CAAACUGAUAUUUUAAAGAGAAGACAGCAAAACUCAUUGAUCAAGUGACAAAGACAUAUCCAAGCAUGAUGGAAAGGAUUCACUUCAAGCUGUUGUUCUGUGUUGUGCUUUUGUUUCUCGCGGUUUCUGGUGGAAAGAAGAGCAAUAUUGGAGUGGAAGCCCGAAGAACAACUUCGGGGUGGCACGAAGAUCAACAUUGUGUGAGCGUUCGUUGCAAAAGCGAUGCGGAUUGCAGUCCACCACAUUACAUUUGUAAUAGGGCAAUAGGUUUCUGCGUCUGCGCAGCAAAAGCACAGGAUGCAGACUUCCUCGCUUUACUGCACAAGAGAUUUGGAAAAGAUAAUUAAAAAUAUGAGUCACUAUGAAGAAAAUAUGACUGAGCUAAGUAUUGCCCAAUUUUCUUUGUAAGAAAAUCAAUCAUAUGCAAAUUUAUUUUCUAGUCUCU